AUGACCUCCCCAUCAACUAAUACGCUCGAUCAUAUUGUUCAUUUAAGCCAUCCCGGGGCACUUGAUGAAACGAUCAGCCGCUUUCGGGAGCUAGGCUUCAACGUGAUACCAGGUGGCACGCAUGCGGAUGGGUUGACCAGCAACGCAUUGGUGAUAUUCGAAGACGGAACGUACCUGGAGCUACUGAAUUUCGUGAAGCCCGCUGCGUCGUACCCCGCCGGCUCACCGGAGCGAGCGAAGAGGGAUUCACACCCAUGGGCACCCAAGAACCCGGGAUGGAUCGACUUCGCCUUCCUUGGCACGGGCGAAGACAAACAUAGCGGUGGUACCGGGGUGAUUUCGGAAAUAAUCAACGCGCGAAGCAAGGAUGUGCGAUAUCUGGGCGAAGUGGCGGGUGGGCGGGAAACACCUGCAGGAAAGAUCCUGAAGUGGCUGAUUACGAGCCCGGCCAAGCAACAUGGUCGAGGAGUUUUGCCCUUUUUCUGUGGUGACGUUACGCCGAGGGAAUGGAGGGUUCCAGUUACGCAAGAAAACACUGCCCACCCAAAUACAGCGAGAGGCGUAGCCUAUAUAGUCUUGCUCGUGUCCAGCGACAACUUGGCACUGUUGUCCCGUCAAGUCACAACGAUCAUCGGAGCACCUGCGAACCAUGUGGACGACGAACUAUCCUGGUCCUUAGAAACCAUCAGAAGCACACGUCCUGCGGGGCACCUGCGUCUUCGCUCACCGAAAACUGAAGAAGAGCAGAGUUUCCUGGAUUCGAACAUUGAUGCAAAUGUGGGGAUAUACGAGGUAGGCAUAUGGGUCGAUGCAGGCAAAAGUAAAGAACCGGCAUCAUUGCCUCAUACGAGGAUCGUGUGGCAGUCAAUCAUAAACUGA